AAAGAGACGAGCCCAUUUCUCAGCCAGCCGCGGCGCCAUCUCGCCAUGCUCAGCGUGCGCUGCGCUGCGCCGAGGGCUCUGGGUGCCCGCGGCUUCGCCAAGUACACGCGCAAGGGAAUUUGGGCCCGGGGCGACUAUGGGCUGUAUACCAUGGACGACCCCCGGAUCUUCCGACCGCCGCCUCCGCGGCAGUACCCCUACCACAAGCAGCGGAAGUGGAGCAAGCCCUACUACUGCGUGCGCAACAGCGCUGCCGGGCCCAUGGGCACUGCCCUGAAGCUGGUGGUGCUGUACCGGAAGUUCGACAUGGCGCCGGCCUUCUACGAGGUGCAGCGCUUGCUGCAUGACCACCUCCCGGGGGCCCAGAUCUUGGCGGAAGCGGUGGACCCGCAGACCGGAGACCAGUGCUUGCUCCGGAUCCUGCGGCUGAACGACGGGUCGCCGGGCCGCGAGCUGUGGAUGCCCGGGGAAGACGACAAGGCCAGGCUGAGGAUGGCGGAGGAAAAGGUGGUGAAGAUGAAGCAGGCGCUUGUUGCCUGCGAGCAGCAGGUGCUGCGGUCGGACACCGUGAAGGUCAGCGAGAAACGGGCCCUUGAAGAGGAGGUCAAGGAGGCGGAACGAAGCGUGGCCAAAUCUUUGGAGGUGCUUGUGCAGGACGUCGCGGAGAUCUUCCAGAAAGACCUUGAGGCCGUGGUGAAGGCAGCCACGGACAACUUUGCCUGCCGGUAUGGCGAGCCGCUGUUUGCAUUGUCAGGCAUAGAGAGCUCAGCGCAGGAGUGAAAUGG